UAGCAUGUUUUAAUAACAUUUUUAGGAAACUUAUCUUUGAAAUGUUAUCUAACUAAAAACAGGAACAACAAAAACAUCUAGAAAAUUGUAUAAAUAGGGGUAUGGGAAAUUACAUUUUUAGAGCCUUUAGAUAAUCUUUCAUAAUAUAUGAGUUCACUGCAUAAAGAGGAAUGAUGAGAUUCAUUAUAGCUUUGGCUGUGUUGACUUCCAUGGCAACAUGUUUGCCCAUAGAGGAAAGUGGAGGAAAACCAGCUGAGCUCCCAGCUAGUGGAGCAAUUAACACUACAGAUGAAAAUGAGGAAAACCAAAAUGUUGAACUUGAUAAAGAAGUUGUCCUGCCCUAUGUGUCCAAGACCCUGAACACAGCAAUGACCUUGGCUGAGAGAGCAGCAAGGGUGAACUCUAAUACCAAGUCUCAGAUCCAACGUGUUUGCUAUUACUACCAAGGGGCAUGGCAAUUAACAGAGGGACAAUCCCUUCACUUUCUUGACCGCCACCGUGUCAAAUGUGACCCAGGGCAAUAUCUAGUGGACUGGAGACUUGGAGGUGAAAGGCAGGGAGGAGGGUCAGGGUCACGUCAUAUGAGAAUGCUCUGGCACUGCUGUACAAUAUAGAAGACUCUUAUAAGAACUAUAUGCAUAUGUGCAGACAAUAUUCUAUGACUUUUAUUACUCAAGAGGAUAUUAAUAUUUGCAUUUAGAUACUAGUAUGUGAUUUUUAGUGAGUUAUUUUCAAGGAUAUCUUUGCUUGAAGCUGAUCUGCACCUGAAUAUCUCAGAGAUAUUCAAGCAAUCUGUUUCUAAGGCUAUCAUAAAUGCCAUUCAAGAUGCUUUCUUUGUUAGCCCAAUACUUGGGUCAAUUAUCAUAGUUGUCUAUAAAUGAUAUGACAGAUUUGGCUCACAUUACACUCGGGACAUUACAUGUACUAUAUAUACUACUAAACAUGUUUUCAUUGACUAAAAUACAAUUUACGUUUAAAUUAGUCUCCUCAUGUUGUGAGAAAUAAGGUACUCCAUUCCUCAGUGCCUUUCAUAGUUGCUUUUUACAAGACAUAGA